AAGAAGAUGUUCUCAUUCCCAUGAUGCCGGGUCCAGAUUCAUCCUUGGGAGUCAUAUCCUGCAUUGCCAGGAGAUUACACCCCUGGGAGUCAGGUCCCACAUAGGGGGGGUGGGCAGUGAGUUCAUUUGCUGAGUUGGUGCCAGGCAGCUUUAAACCAUUUUAAUAUAUAAUUAAUUUAAUCCUUACAGUAAUUCUAUGAGAUAAGUACAGUUAUUAUUCCCAUUUUACAGACGAAACUGAGGCAGACUAACUGUAGUCUAGCUCUGGAGUCCAUCCUGUUACUCUUACCUACUAUAUGCUAUGCUGUCUCUAUUUAUUAAAGUUGUGAAUAUAUAAAGAAUUCAUACAAAUUAAAAAAAGUCCAUUAGAAAACUAGAAAAUAUGAAAUAGACAUUAACAGAAAAGGAAUCACAGAUGGCCAGUAAACAUGAAUUUGUGAGGUUGAGCACAAAUUAGGGAAACAGAUAAAAAGUCAUCAGUUUGUGAAAAAAGAAAAGUUUGACAAUUUUACUAUUUGGGGAAGGUUUGGGGAAACAGGUGCUUUUCCUCACUGCUGAUGUGAGUUUAAAUUGGUAAAGCAGUGUUGGAGAGCAUUUUGGUAGUAUCUAUUGCAAACUUAAAUGUGUAUACCUGCUCAACAAAAACACUUGUACAAUUGCGGAAGAGGACAAAUACAAAGAUGUUUAAUUUUAUCUUGUUGGUAAAACAAGAUAAUUAAAGACAACUUAAAUGUCCAUGAGUAGGGCAAUGGCUCAAUAAUAUGUUCACACACACUUUCCGUAGCAGCUAAAAAUAGUAAGGUCUGUAUUGAGAAAGGGAAGAAUUCCAAGACAUAUUGUUGAGUAAAAAAGUAAGUUGUUAGAGUUGAUAUUUGUGGUUACUUCAAUUGUGGACGAAGAGAAUUAGUCUAAUAUGUAAUGGUUAUUUUUUUUUUAACAGGAAAUAUAUUUUUUUGUAUUAGUUACGAUAGCAAAAAUGACUAUUGUAUAAAUGAAUUUGAUGCAAGGUUAGUUUUAAGCUGUGAGUGUCUAUCUUGUUCUACUUUUGGAUACAAUCCUAUCUACUAAAAUAAGAGUAGCCAAAUGUUAGGUUUAGUAACAUUCUGAGUGUACGUAGACAUAAAGUCAUUUUUCUGUCAAGUUUUUGGGUAACUUUUUAUUUUGAUGUAAUUUCAAACUUAAAAUUUGCAAAAGUAAUACAGUAAACCCCCAUGUACUUUGCCUGGUUCAGCAAUUAUCAUUUAUUUUUGAAAAGUUGACUUAAAAAUAAUAAAUGCUUUGUUUCAGAGGAAUGUGGUAAGAAGAUUCUGAAUAAUUUUGAUCUACAAAUAUUGUAAUAUUUGUGUGAGUGGUGCAGAACCUUGUAUUUUUGAAUUUGGACAGUUUUAUUUUACAUAAAACUUUCUUGGUUGAUGGAGGAAGUGAACUAAUGUUUAUUAUUAUUCUUUUCCAGGUGCCGUGUUAGGAAACUUAGCAAAUUAUUUCAUUUACUACAACUUCAUGAAGAAGAUUGUUCUUAUUCCUAUUUUACAGAAGCAGCAGCAGACAGGUGAAGCAAAAAAUUUAUUGCCAUAUCUCGGACCCAACAAAAUGAGAGAUUGUUUCUGCACCAUAAAUUUGGACCAGGAAGAAGUUUAUCGUACCCAAGUUGUUGAAAAAUCUUUAAGCCCAUUUUUCAGUGAAGAAUUUUACUUUGAGAUUCCAAGAACUUUCCAGUAUUUGUCUUUCUAUGUUUAUGACAAGAAUGUUUUACAAAGAGACCUUCGUAUAGGAAAAGUAGCCAUCAAAAAAGAAGACUUGUGUAUCCAUAGUGGUAAAGAAACUUGGUUUUCACUACAGCCUGUUGACUCCAAUUCAGAGGUUCAGGGUAAAGUUCACCUUGAAUUAAAACUGAAUGAACUGAUAACAGACAAUGGAACUGUGUGCCAGCAGCUUGUUGUACACAUCAAGGCGUGCCAUGGGUUGCCUCUCAUAAAUGGACAAAGCUGUGACCCUUAUGCAACAGUUUCUCUGGUGGGCCCUUCUAGGAAUGACCAAAAGAAGACAAAAGUAAAGAAGAAAACAAGCAAUCCACAGUUUAAUGAAAUCUUUUAUUUUGAGGUAACCAGAUCCAGUAGUUAUACCAGAAAGUCCCAGUUCCAGGUAGAAGAGGAAGAUAUUGAAAAGCUAGAAAUUAGGAUUGACUUGUGGAACAAUGGAAACCUGGUGCAAGAUGUUUUCCUAGGUGAGAUUAAGGUUCCUGUGAAUGUAUUAAGAAAUGACUCUUCUCAUCAAGCUUGGUACUUGCUCCAACCGAAAGACAAUGGCAAUAAACCUUCCAAAACUGAUGACUUGGGAUCUCUUCGAUUAAAUAUAUGUUAUACAGAAGACUAUGUACUUCCUUCAGAGUACUAUGGUCCUUUGAAAACUUUGCUGCUAAAAUCACCAGAUGUUAAGCCCAUAUCUGCCUCAGCUGCUUACAUUUUGGGUGAAAUAUGUCGAGAUAAAAAUGAUGCUGUUUUGCCCCUUGUACGACUGCUGCUGCACCAUGAUAAACUUGUUCCUUUUGCCACUGCAGUGGCUGAAUUAGACUUGAAGGAUACACAAGAUGCAAACACAAUUUUUAGAGGAAAUUCCUUGGCUACCCGAUGUCUGGAUGAGAUGAUGAAAAUAGUGGGAGGGCACUACCUGAAAGUAACAUUAAAACCUAUUCUAGAUGAGAUAUGUGAAUCCUCCAAAUCCUGUGAAAUUGAUCCUAUUAAAUUGAAAGAGGGAGAUAAUGUAGAAAAUAAUAAGGAGAAUCUACGCUACUAUGUUGACAAGUUAUUCAGUACAAUUGUAAAAUCAAGUAUGAGCUGCCCCACUGUUAUGUGCGAUAUCUUUUAUUCACUAAGGCAAAUGGCUACUCAGAGAUUUCCUAAUGACCCUCAUGUUCAAUAUUCUGCAGUGAGCAGCUUUGUAUUUCUUCGUUUCUUUGCUGUAGCCGUAGUAUCACCUCAUACUUUUCAUUUGCGACCUCAUCAUCCAGAUGUGCAGACAAUUAGAACAUUAACUCUCAUCUCAAAAACUAUUCAAACGUUGGGAAGCUGGGGGAGUCUGUCCAAAAGCAAGUCAAGUUUCAAAGAGACAUUCAUGUGUGAAUUUUUCAAAAUGUUUCAAGAAGAAGGAUAUAUUUUAGCAGUUAAAAAGUUCCUGGAUGAAAUUUCAUCUACUGAAACUAAAGUUUCCAGUGGUACAAGUGAACCUGUGCAUCUGAAAGAAGGUGAGAUGUAUAAAAGAGCUCAGGGAAGAACUCGGAUUGGAAAAAAGAAUUUCAAGAAACGGUGGUUCUGCUUAACAAGCAGAGAGCUCACCUACCACAAACAACCAGGUAGAAAAGAUGCAAUUUACACAAUUCCAGUAAAAAACAUUCUUGCUGUGGAAAAACUGGAAGAGAGCUCUUUCAACAAGAAAAAUAUGUUCCAAGUAAUUCAUAUGGAGAAACCCCUCUAUGUCCAAGCAAAUAAUUGUGUAGAAGCUAAUGAAUGGAUAGAUGUACUCUGCAGGGUGAGCCGAUGCAACCAAAACAGGCUCAGUUUUUAUCAUCCUUCUGCAUACCUGAACGGACACUGGCUCUGCUGUCAGGAGACCAGUGAAAGCACUCUCGGCUGCAAGCCAUGUACUGCAGGUGUCCCUGCAGACAUCCAAAUAGAUAUUGAUGAAGACAGAGAAACAGAAAGAAUGUAUUCCCUUUUUACCCACAGUAUACUUAAGCUGCAGAAGAUAGAAGAGGCUUGUGGAACUAUAGCAGUCUAUCAAGGACCACAGAAAGAGCCUGAUGAUUAUUCUAACUUUAUAAUUGAGGAUUCUGUAACAACCUUUAAGACAAUUCAGCAAAUAAAAAGCAUCAUAGAGAAGCUGGGUGAGCCUCAUGAAAAAUAUAGAAAGAAAAGAUCAAGUAGUGCAAAAUAUGGGAGCAAGGAAAAUCCAAUUGUUGGGAAAGCUUCUUAGAGUUUGACCAAUUGACCCAGAAGAACUGGAAAGUACUAUAUUUGUUGGAGUUUUUUAAUUCAUCAUAUAUUUUGUCCAUAGUAUUUAAUAAUGAACAUUGGCUUCAGGGUCACCUGUGUUCACACUGUAUUUAAUAUUUAAUAAUUGAAAUUAACUGUUUGGGAGUCUUGGUAUUGUUGUAUUACUAGAGAAUUUGAAACCCAAGAUUCCCUUCAUAUCUUAUGUGUCCAAAGCCAUGUUUCUGCAACUUCUUUUUAAUAGAAAGAAUCUUCCAGAAGAAGUUUCUAAAGAAGCUUUGUAAAAAGGGAGAACUCCUCCAUAGCAAGAAACCAUCUCUUCUGGUAACACUCCAUGUUGUGGACUUGUCUUCACUACCAUUAGUGCCUGCUCUAUACUGCCAACAUUGCAUUUUUUUUAGAAAAUCCCAAUCCAUGACAAUUCAGAGCUUUCCAUUUAGUUCGUCUAGCCCCUCCUUCUUUAAAAAAGAAAAAGAAAGAAAAAAAUGAAUUUUCCUUUGGUCCAUUAAUCGUUACAACUUACAUAAGGGACAGUGAAAGAAACUUUAGAAAACUGCCAGAGCAUCCUCAAAAGUCAUUGGAACCUUUGGCCUAUUUAAAGGUGUAAGCAGAACUCAGAUAGGAAGAAUCAGGGAAUAUGUGCUACUGCGUGCAUCUUGUUUACAUUUGGGAUGAGCAGUGGCAGAUGAAAUAAAAUGAGACCACUAAAUUUUUUUUUAUUGUUUUCAAUAUCAGGUACUCAUUUUCUUGAUUUAAGAGUUCAGAUUAACAUGACUUCUAAGGCCAUCUCUUCUGAAAAAGAAAAGAGAGUCAACAGUGAAAGACGGUGGUGAGAAAAUCACUUGACUUCACCUGCUAUUUCAUGUUAAGGGCCACCGUAAGGAUGCCCUCCUCAUAGUGUUAGGUUGUGAUCUAACUUAAGAACAGUCACUCGGCGCACUUUAAUAAUCUGGACUGCCCAGAUUAUACUUUAGAUACUCUGUAGUGUCUAAUCUUUAUGAUCAGUUGAAUGAUCAAUGUUUAAGUCUAAAAACAAUGCUUUCCUGAAAAUGUUUAUAUUUCAUUGCUGUUUCCUUAUUGCCUGCUAGCCAAAUGGGAUUUGGGCAAGCAACCGUUUUGAAUCCUUUUUCCCCCUAAUAAUUUACUUCUGUCCUAAAAACCGUAACUGUAAAUAAGCAGUUGAAGCAAGUUGCCACCUUGGGCUAAGAGGGAUACACUUUGCUUCAUCAGUAUUAAAAACCAUGGUACUCUUAUUUUGUCUUUUUUUAAAACUCAAAACAUUUUCUAAAUGUGGUACUUUGAUCCUGGAGUAUUUACACGUUUGUUUAAAACUGUGACUUGAUAAUGUAAGUCUAGCUAGUAGUGCUUUUUUUUUAUUUCCCUGAAAUAAGCUAUCUUUCAAGAUACACUUUGGCAAUUAUGUUACUGGUAGAUAAUUGUUUUAAAUUAUAUUGUUAUUAGCUAAUUAUUUUCAAAGACAAUUUGGUACACAAAGUUUUUCUGUAAGUGAUGACAGCUGAGCAAUGUAUUUCUCUAAAUGACUCAUAAAAAUCAAUUGGUUAAAGAUAAGUUUGGAAAAGUCCUUUAAAUUUUAUGAACUUGUAGAGUCUAUAAACGUUACUGAGUUACAAAAUGUGAAAGAUUUUACUAUAUAAUAAAUUUCUAAUUCUUAAAUUUCAUUCAGAUUGAUAUUUCCUUCUAUAGUCUCUGAUAUGUUCUGUCUGAAAAGGAAAUGUGAUCAUUGCCACGUACCACUCAUUGCUCUAUAGUGGCUUUUAGUCCUCUGCUGUUUUGUUAAGGUGAAAUAAAUAAUCUUCUAAUAUUUCUAAUAUCUAACCCUCAAUUAUGAUUUUUAAGAUCACAGCAUUAUCAAAGGGAGUUAGGCCGUGUGUAUACAUAACUCUUGAUUUGAAGGGAAGAGUUCAGGAGUCUAGUUACUUUCCUCACUUGACAUGUUGAAAUAGCCAGUUUGACUGGAAUUAACCAGCAUGGCACAGCCUAAAAAGAAGUAAUGUGAAAUUAUUUUUCUUUGAAAGUCUUUUGAAAUGAGAGACUACGUUAGUAGGAUCCUAAUAUGAUAACCAAGGUACUUUUUUCCAGGGGCCUUGUUCCUCUGCUGUUACUUAUGGGUACUUUGAUUUUUACUACCUGAUCUGAUUUUUCUCUUUUUCUUCACUUGAAAAAAUACAUGGCAGCUCACUUAACCCUAAAAACCACAAGAAGGAAAGAAAAGGAUGAUAUAGGGAAACUCUUGCCAUAAAUGCCAGUUCUGGUUCUUAGUUUUGCUAUUUCCAUCAGUUGAAAAUGUGGCAAUCUAUUACUUGUUUUGCUGCUGCUGUUUGUUCUGGUUUUUUUUUUUGUUGUUGUUUAUCUUUGUUUUUUAAUAUCCUUUUAAUAAGAUGAUGGGCAAUAGCAAAGAUUUUUACUCCCAGGAAUAAAUUUUAUCAAAUUGAACUUUUUUAUUUGCCAAAGAAAUAUGUUUUUAAUAUCGUAAGUAAUGGUUACGUGUCAAAAUCAGACUUAUUUUAUUAUACAAAAGGAGGUGACGAAUGAAGUGGAUUUGUUUCUGUUUCUGAAGCCUAAUUUCAUUCAUUUAUCAGAAAGGCUCAUUCAUGCCAGGUUUUGAAAAUCAAUAUUUUUUUUAAGUGAAAGUACCUAUAAUUAGUUCUAACAGUACAUCCCUGUAAAGACAGAAUGCUACAAAGCCCUUUAGACGUUCUUACAGUAUAUGAAAAAUACAGGACUCUUUCUAAAGUUAAAUUACCAGUCUACAUUGAUACUAUCUGCUUCCAUUCUGACUAACUUAGAAAUUAAUAUGUUGCUAGUAAAUAUUGGUUUUUACAGUGUCCAGUUUGAAAAUGUAAGUUAUCAAAACUUAAUGUAGUGAUUUUGUGUAACCAUGUUGUAUUGUUGAGAAUGUAUUUUUAUUUAAAUUUUAUUUUCUUAUCAAGAGUAUUAUAAAAAUUAAAAACUUUUGUAACUGUCGCUUGAGAAUAACUCAAAUAAAUUACAAAAACCUUGUCUGUUUUU